CAGUGGUCCAUGUGCAGAAGUGUUCUGGCCCUUUAAUAAAGUUGUGUGGCCCAGCUCUGUGUGUUGGGAGAACACUGCUGGAGGCUGCUCGGGAACUUCAGGAAUGGCGUAAGACAUGCAACUCCAUCCGGGCAAAAUACUGAUGCAAACACCAUCCACACAUGCCCAGGGCCUUUAGUAAAUGCUCGUUUGUCCCGUGGAUCAUCGCUAAAGUGGGUAAUUGUAUAAAGACAGCAUGACUGCAUGAUUUGUGAGGCUUUUCAACAACUCGUCGCCAAAGUUUUUUUCCGCUAACCUGCUCGCCUCUCCAUAUUUGAUUUGCUAACAUCAUGCCAUCUUUGAUGCUGUAAAGUUUGAUGCAGAAAACCAGUUUGCAGCCUGGCUGGAGACACACACACACACACUCACACACACCUGCUGCUGCUGGAGUUUGUUUAGGGACACAUCUGGAUUAAUCUUCCCCUUUCUGGAUUGAAAAAUGAAAGUGACUGUGACUUUCGGAAGGACUGGUGUUGUUGUCCCAUGUAAAGAAGGAUGGACAGUCCGGGAUCUCAUCCAGCAAGCCACCCAGAGAUACAGAAAACUACUAGAACAGGAGGGAGAUUUCCUGGUACGAACCCACCAUGUUGAGUACUGUGACGGGGGAAUUCUGGACCCUGAUGAUGUGUUAACAGACCUAGUGGAGGACAAGGACAAGCUGAUCGCUGUAUACGAGGAACAGGAGGCCCAGCAGAGGGGCGCCAUGAGUCCCGGGAAUGGAACAGGGACAAGAAGCAGCCUAAACGGACAGUCCAGCCCAGAACCUUAUGACUCUGAACUCGCCUGCUUUCAGCCAAUCAAAGGAGGAGAGAUCGAAGUCAACUCAACUGCUCUCAAAUCCAGUACCCCUCUGCUGGUACGAAGCAGUAGUGAUUCGGCUCUUGGUCCUCCUCAGAUGGAAGAUGUGAGUUACAGAGCCAUGGGAAUCCACGUACAGACCGACAUGGACUUUACAGCCGAGGUGACUGGCAACAGCAAAUCUGGCCCUUUCGGUGUCAACAGCAGCCUCACAAAGACAGUGGAGAUUUCAGGAGAACAAGGGCCUCUAGGAAUACACGUGGUGCCUUACUGUUCCUCUCUCAGCGGAAGGGCUCUGGGUCUGCACAUUCGAGGAGUGGAAGAAAACAGUCGCUCCAAAAGGGAAGGCAUCUUUCAGGACGACGAGUGUAUCGUUAAAAUUAAUGAUACUGAAUUAAUGGACAAAUCCUUUUCACAAGCACAGGAAGUAUUCCGACAAGCCAUGCGUUCAUCUAUCGUUCGUUUAGAAGUUGUUCCAGUUUUUAAUAAAGAACGCUUUGAGAAGAGUGUAAUCAGCCACCUCUUCAACUCAGAAAACCCUGACACAUCCACACGGACCAAAGACCCUCCACCGCUGAAGGUGAAGCCAAUCGUGAGGCCUGUGGAGUCCUCCUCAGGAUGGCAAGCUGAGUUUCAGGAGUCCAACAGCAGUCUAGAGGGUCGCUCUCUUGGCUCCCCAUUACCCCUCAGUCUCUCACCCACCCCCAGAAGCAAAAGUGCUGACAUCCCCCUCCUGAAAAACAGCCUGGGACCAUCACCUCUACAAAACCAGAACAAAAGAGGUGGAAAGAGGCUCCGUAUUGACCUUAAGAAAGGUCCCGAAGGUCUAGGCUUCACUGUUGUGACCAGAGAUUCUUCUGUGCACGGGCCUGGUCCCAUCCUCGUCAAAAACAUCCUACCCAGAGGAGCUGCUGUCAAAGAUGGUCGUCUGCAGUCAGGUGACAGGAUCCUAGAAGUGAACGGUGUGGACAUCACCAGCCGUUCUCAGGAGGAACUUGUGGCCAUGUUACGCGGUACUAAGCAGGGGGACAGUGUGUGUCUGGUUGUGGCCAGACAGGAAGAGAUGUUCCUUCCACGUGAACUGAAAGAGGAGCAGGCCCGCUUGCUACUGUCUGAAGAAGGGAAGGAGCAGCUGAUGUUUGAGGUCCCUCUCAAUGAUUCGGGCUCAGCUGGGUUAGGGGUCAGCCUGAAGGGUAAUAAGUCCCGUGAGACUGGUGAGGACCUGGGUAUCUUCAUCAAGUCCAUCAUCCAUGGAGGAGCAGCUUUUAAGGAUGGGCGUCUACAUGUCAAUGACCAGCUGAUUGCUGUUAAUGGGGAGACCCUUUUGGGGAAGUCCAACCAUGAGGCCAUGGAGACCCUGCGGAGAUCCAUGUCCAUGGAGGGAAACCUGAGAGGAAUGAUCCAAUUGGUUGUACUCCGUGCUCUAGCACCACCUACCCAAGAGUUCCAGGAAGCACGGCGAAUUCUCAAUCGAUCCUUUGAUAGCUGCGUGGGGCAGGCGGGGCACCUCGGCCAAUCAGAUGGCAGCACUCAGCCCCCCAUGGUGAUGAACAGCAUCUACGAGCGAUGUGCGGUUUCAAAUGGGGGAUACGGUCACAUGGAAGAGGGGGAUGAUGAAAGCUUCGCUGCUAAUCCUCAUAGACAGGACAGCCUGACACUCCAGCAGAGUCUUCGUUCAGGUCUUCGUUCAGCUGAUGCUUCUUUGACUGACGGAGGUCAGCAGGGUCAUAUGGAGCAGAAUCAUGUGAAGUCAUCUAAGAGAAUGGAUCUAGUGAGUGGAGGGGUGGAGUUGGGACCCACGCUAGGCCUGAAGAAGUCCAGUUCUCUAGAGAGUCUUCAGACUGCCAUGACAGAGGCCAAGAGAAACGAGCUGCUGCCCUUCCACAGGCCCCGCCCACACAUGGUGAGAGGGCGUGGCUGCAACGAGAGCUUCCGGGCAGCAAUCGACAAAUCAUACGACGGCCCGCCAGAAGAGGAUGACGAUGAGGGGUCGGACCAGAGUUCUGGACGAGAUACGCCAGCCAGCGGCUCCUCCAGACAAGGUGCAGGAGACAAUGAGGAGAACAAGAAAGACAAGAAGAAGAAGACUAAAGGCAAGAAGAAAGACAAGUUGAAAAGCAAGGGAAAGGAAAAAGAGAAGAAGAAAUCAGAGGAGGUUGGUGAUGAGCUGGAUAAGAAGACCAAGAAGAAAGGAUUCGGGUUGCUGAGAUUUGGAAAGAAGAAAGAAGAGAAGAGCAAGACGGAGACAAAAAUGAAUGUGCAGAAGCAGACAUCAGAAAUUCUGAGCGAGGAAGAGUUGGAGAGGAUGAAGGAAGAGAGAGAAAGAAUUGAGGCCAAGCACCAGGAAUUGAGGCAACGCCAGGUCCGGGACCGCUUCUCCCCACCUGACGUGGAGGAUGAUGACCUGGACCCCAACUACGCCCGCAUCAACAACUUCAGGGAGCGUGGAUCACCUUCCCAGCCACACUACGGGAACCGCAGCCCUUCCCCGCAGAGACCACCGCCCCCAGUGUCCCACAGCCGAGAGCCGUCCGCAGAAGACCCUCUGGACGGUCUGUACGCCAAAGUCAACAAACAACGAAGCCCUCCACCUCCUGCUGCAGACAGCAGUAUGGACCGUAUCCAGCAGCUGAGGAGGGAGUAUCUUCAGGCUCGUAGAGAGGGAGCAGCUCCAGCCUAUGAGGAGCUGGAGGCCCGACGGAGAGGACCAGAGUAUGACCCGCACAGAAUCCCAAUGAGAAACCCUGACCCCAGACUGACACCCCGCUAUGAGGACGUCGAGCGACAGUACGCCUCCCUGCCCAGAAGAGCACCAGUCGAACCUAAUGACUAUCCCGUGCAGCCGUGGGCUGGACACAGGGACCCAACGCACUACCCAAACCCACAGCCUGGCUACCACCCCAGCUACCCUCCCAGAGAUAACUACCCUCGCCCUGUGGACCCCCGGCAGAACGACUCAGGGUUCUAUCACCAUCCUCCACAGCAGAGAGGCCCGCUUCGACAGGACGUGCCCCCAUCUCCCACCAUACCACUCAGAGGCCCUCGCUUUGACACUAUGAACCGUGGCGGCUACCGCAACAACAGCCCAGAGCGCUAUGCGUAUGGAGAGACGCGACACUCAGACCCAAGACAGGAAAGUCCAAUGACAGCAGCUGUUUAACCUCAACAUGUUUUUCUCCUUGUGUACGAUGUUUCUAGAGCAAGCACCAGUGUGCCUACAUUUAUGGACAGGUGUUUACAUGUUUGUUUGUUUUUUACUAACAGUUUGCUCUAUACUGUCCCAUCUUGAUAGCCAAAGCUACAUCUUAAGAGUCCCGACACAGCAUUUGCAGGGACAAUGAUCCAUAUAUAUCUCACUUCCACUCAGACUCACUUCCACUCCCUCCAUAUGUUUGUGUGUCUGUAAAAUGAAUGCCGGCCCUCGAUUUCAGAUAUAAACACAUUCCAGCACCACUUUUAUUAGCACAUUAUUGUACAAUCUUUACAAUGAUCAUUUGAAGUUGUGGUAUGUGUGCACCAAUGUGUGUCUGCUUGUGCUUACGUGAAAUAUUUUAGAGCACUCCAUAUACUCUUUGAAUUUAACUUUUAUAUAAUGGAAGGAUGUUAAACCACUAUAUGAGACGCAGAUCAACAUUGUCAUUCUGCAAACAUCUUAAAAUGUUUUUCAAACAGAUUUGGUCAUGUAUAACAAAAAAAGUACAACAAUUUCAUACUGAAAAUCUUUUUGUAAUCUUGUAUAAAUACCACAGUACAACUGUCCUGCAUGUGAAGUCAUAUAAUCAGAGAAAUAUGAAGAAAAAAAGGUUGUUUUUCAGGAAGAGGAAAGGAGAGUCCAAAGAACCUCUGACACAGAGGAAGGAUGAGAAUCAUUCAUCUUCUGAGCUUAUAGCGUUCCCACCUGAAUCCACACCUAUGAAUGAGCUGCCUCUCAUUUGUUUUAAGAUUCUUUACUUUUUUGAUAGUAUUUCAUUUAUGUUUAAUGAUUUCACAUGCAUUUUGGUACAAAAGACUCUCUCUGCAUUCAGAGGUCAGGUAACAUGAUAAAUAAAAGUAUUAUUGAUUGUAGUAUGUGAAACACGUAUGUAACUUUAACAAAACGGAAUGAUCUUUGCACCUAGUAUCACUGCAUACAUUAAAACUAUGUACAAAAUGUUGUCUUUUAUAUAACACAUUUUCAAUAAAUAUGCAUUUAAACCAA